CUUUGGCUUGGCUCUCGUCUCUUUUGACACUUUCGCCUUUCGUUCCCACGCUGCCGACACUGACACUGCCCACACAAUCACAAUCAACAUUCACCUCCACAUUCAGCAACGCGUCACAUCCACACGGCACUGCAACGCACAACGCACACUUUGGCAACAAUGCCACAGACACUGCCGACACGCUACGAGCGGCGUAGCAGCAUAGCAAGUAGCACGGCAUCUCAAUCACCGCCCCCAAGAACGACAAGCCUCCCAGAGUCACCAGGCUCAUUCCGUGUCGAACGACCUUCGGCGCUAAUGUCGCGCCUUAACCGCCUAUCAAACUCGACGUCGCGCCCAAACCUCCCCUCGCCACCACCUCAGGAAGACUCUUACACCUCACGCGCGGCCAACGCGAUGCGUUCAGUCUCGCAGAGUGGUAAGGACGUGCUUCGCCGCACUGGCCUGGGAGCAUGGGCCGGCGGUUCUAGUGCCAACAACUCAUUAGCCGUGACCGAGCAAGACGAGCAAGAGGAAGACGACUUGAAGCCGCCGGUCUCAAGGUCCGCGGCGUGGCCCCUCUUACCGCACCUGUCACCGCAGCCGCCGCAUCUGUCACCGCGCAUCAAUGCGUCCACAUCACUCGACACGAGCUCAAUCCUCUAUGCCACAAUGUCAAACCACCCUCCACCACUUGCCAACCUGCCCCUGUUGGUCCUCAACCUAGCUGCCCUGGCGGCGGUGCCGACACCCGUGACCAACGAUGUGCUCCUCGCCACCGUGCUGCGGCGGCUGGAGCCAUGGGUUGGUGACGAAGGAGAAGCGGGGUACACGCUCAUUGUUCUCGCUGCCGAAGAAGACACCGCUUCAGGCAACGGCAAGCGGAGGGCGCUGCCCGGUGUGACGUGGUGGAUUUGGAACUGGCGUCGAAUUCCCCGCAAGUACCGCAAGAACCUCAAGAGGCUGUACAUUGUGCAUCCUGGAACGGCGGCAAGGACCCUGCUCCCUAUCACCUUGCCCCUGCUGUCGCCCAAGUCGUACCCCAAGCUGCACAUUGUUCCAUCGUUACUGGCCCUCGCGCGCGCCGGCAUCCCAUUACGCGGCGUUGAUGUGCCCCUGUCCACCCUGGCUGAGGAGGCCCGAGUUCUUCGCGAGCACCCGGAGUUAGCGAUCCCUCGUUCCGGGAUGGCUUCGUUCGGGCUCAUGAACACCUUGGGUCAGCAGGGCGGCGUGCUCGGCGGUCUAGGGUGGGGCGUGAGCGCCAUCUCGUCGGCGAUCGGCACGGCCAACAGUUACCUUCCAUUCAAGCUUGCUGCUGGAGCGCUGCCACCUACUCCUGAGGAGAGGAAGACGUCGCUGGACCAGGAGAGAACUGAGCCAACAAAGUAUUGGAGCGGUGAUCUCGACAAAAUUCUUGCGGAUAACAAGGGCCACUUGCCGCGCGUGCUGCACGAGCUCAGAGCUUUGAUCCUGGGCAUGUGCUCUGAUACCGAGGGUAUCUUCCGCAAGACGGCUUCGUCACAUCUUCUUCCUCCGAUUCAAGGCCUGCUUGACCUCCCGCCAAAGACCCAACCCAGAAUCGAUUGGGCCGGAGUCGCCAUUAACGACCCGCAUCUUCCUCCCAUCCUGUUCAUGAGGUUGCUGAAGGGACUCUCAGGCGCACUCAUUCCAGAGGACCUGUACCCCCUCAUUCGGAGCACCUAUACCCCGGACGAAAUCCGCACAAACCUCCUUCCGUCUCUCUCCCCGGCAAGCCUGUUGGUAUUGACCCAUCUCACCCAUAUCGGCCACCACCUCCUUGCCCACGAGGACCAGACGCGCAUGGGGGCGACCAACCUUGCGAUUGUGUUUGCGCCGUCCCUCAUCUCGGGUCAGGACCCGAGGGUGGACGCGGCGCUGUGCUUGGAGCCCGGCAAGUCGCUCCCACCAUCCCUCAUGCCCCCUGGCUGGGCCGAGAGCGGCGGAACGCAGACUCUUGUCGGCCUGCUGCAGCUGUGGAUCUCCGAGUGGCCCGCGGUCGCCGAGUUCACGGUGUCCAGGAACGGCUGGUGCGACUGCGCGUGGGCGGAUGCUGGAGGCCAGCUGAGCGCGAGCGACCCCUCAACGCCAAUUGGUAUGGGACGGAGGACGAGUGGGGCGAGGUCGGGCCUGUACCAUGAGCUCCUUGGAAGCCAAGUCAUGAGCUCUCUCGCCCCAGCCACAGAGGCAGAGCACGAGGCCGGAGUGGGUGCUGGCCUCGGAUACAUCUUAAACGAAGACAACAAGAAACUGUUAGGAUAGACUGUAUUAUUUGGGUCAUACACUUGUUAUAGUAAGAACACUGGGCUGGACCUCGAUGCACUGGAUGCGAGUCGAGCCAA